AUGGUCGCUGGUGCAGCUUCGCUCGCUCAACGAGCCCGAUGGCGCAGCACACCGUUGCUCGCCUCAGCUUCAGCUAAGGCACCAUCUAGCUCUCGUCGUCUGGUUUGCGCAGCGCCUCGAAGCUUCUCGAUCCUCGCUGCUGCUUCGGCAUCUCCGAAGACAGCUUCGAGCGUGGGAACUUUGGCCUACAACUCAGCCACAUUCACACGAUUUAGCGUUGCUUAUCCUGCUCAGUCGACGCUUCUUGCCGGCAAACCGUUCUCGUCCAGCAUUGCAUACCGCCGUCUUUCGUUCUGGCCUUCUUCCAGCAAGUCUCAGACCACCACUGAUGCUUCCACAGUGAUGUCCGAGCUCGGAGACAAGAAGGAUGAGGCGGUCAGUGCUGCUAGCGAGCUCAAGCUGUCCACCGAGUCCACACUUGAAGAGGCUGGUCGUUCGUUCCAGGACGGAUUGCACUCGGCGCAAGAAACAGCUUCUGACGCUGUCUCUAAAUUCGAACCCAAGGCAUCCGAACUCAGCACUAGCCUCACAGAACAGUUCAGCAAUGUCGACCCCACCACAGCCUCAACGGUCACUGAAGCCUUCAGUGGAGCUAUGGGUGUUAAGGCAGGCGAACUCGCCGAGUUGGGUCUCAAUCACUGGGCUUCUCCUCCCGGUUGGAUCAUCAAUCUCCUCGAAACCGUCGGGACUACGACCGGUCUUCCAUGGUGGGGAACCAUCGUAGUCACCACCGUCGCCCUCCGACUUUUCAUUGCACCUCUCAAUAUCGCAGGUCAGAAAAACGCCGUUCGUCUUGCCAACAUUCAACCGGAAAUGAAACGAAACAUGGACAACAUCAAACAUUUCAAAGCAGCAGGAGACCAGAUGCAAAUGCAAAAAGCAGUCAUGGACACUCGCAAGUUCAUGAGCGACAACAAUGCCAGUCCGAUCAAGUCUUUCGCUCCUCUCUUGGUCCAAUUGCCGCUGAUGUUUUCCUACUUUGUCGCGUUGGAACGCAUUGCUAAGUCUGGCUCAGAGAGCUUUGCACAUGGUGGUCCUUCCUGGUGUCCUGAUCUCACGAUUGCUGAUCCCACUUAUAUCCUUCCGGCGAUUUCGACGCUUGCUACAUUCGCUGUAGCCGAAUUUGGGUUCAGGUCGGGAACCACCGGCCAGUCGAACCCGGAACAGGCUCAGUUGGUCAAAUAUAUCUUCCGCGGGUCCAUUCCUAUCAUGGCUUAUAUCUCUACCACUUUCCCCUCGGGCGUGUUGGUUUACUGGGCGACUACCAACGUUAUUUCCUUGAUUCAGCUAGGUGUGUUGCAAAUUCCGGUGGUUAGACAGUGGGCGAAGUUCCCAAAGCGUAUUCGACAUCCUAAGAACCCAUAUCAGCAGGAGAGUAAGGGAUUUAUGGAUAAGCUCAAGGCGGCUAGAGACAGACUUUCAGACUCGUCGACGGUCCGUCCUGUUGCCAAGCCUGUUGCGUCUACCACCAACACCAUCCCCACCAGCAUGAGUGCAUCAGAGUCCAGGUCAGAUGCGUUGAAGGAGAUCUUGGAUGAUAAGACGGCUUAUGAGGCUACAACGGCUAGUAAGGCGGAUGCUGAGUCUGCAGAGGCGGCGCAAAGGAACAGAGAGCGUGUGUUGAAGGCUCGUAAACGUCGUGCUCGUCAGUAG